UACAAUUAUAUAUACAAUCGGACUGUGCAUCUGCAGGGAACUGUGGGAGCAAUUCACUUGACGUGCUUGGAGAAGUGGCUCGAGGAAAGCAACAGGAGCAGCUGCGAGCUGUGCGGACACGACUUCCAGGUGGAGCGAACCCUCCGCUACGGAGUCGCCGAGUCGAUUGCGGUCUGGCUGUGCCUGCGUCAGCAGAGGCAACGCACUGUCGUGCGGAAUCUCCACUCCGAUCUGCUGCGGUGCGUCAUCGUCACUCCCUUGACAAUCGCCUGCUCGUACGUCUGCAUUGUGGCAGCCGACUUCUACUCCCAAAACAACUACGACCACUUUCCGCCGGCUCGGUGGACCACUUACUCCCUGCUGGCCAUGAUGUCACUCAUCAUCUUCUCAUACUUUGUUUGGACGUACGCGGUCAUUCAACACCACCAGAAAGCCUGGUUCUACUGGUGGCAGAAGACGAGCAAGGUCAAAGUCUCUCUGCCCAUUGGCGACAACAGCGAUCAACAAUUUUCAUCUCGCCUGAGCGAUAAGUACACGUCUGAAACAGUUUUCUAA